AUCAUUUUGCGUUAUUGAAGGAUUCUGUUUGUUAGAUACUUGAAAUAUUAAGUAGUUGUUAUUGUGGGUUUAUUUUGUAUAUUUAGAACUCUACUUUCGAUUUAACAUGUUUAGUUAGAUCACAGGCAAUUGAUUAUUGCUGACGUAUCAUACAAAACCAGGCUAUUAUUAGUCGACCAUCUGAGAGAUCAUGCGGAAACAGUUCAUUCCUCCCAAACAACAGCGUAGUGGCCAAAGAACUGACAGCGAGUCAGACACAUCAGGAUCGUCUGAUGUUGACAAACCCGAAGACACUGAUACUCGAAUAAUAAAUGACGUAACUGAUUCAACGCUUUCUGGCAGUGAAAAAACUAAUAUCAGCCUAGGAGAAAACGAAAGCAUCGACCUAAAUAAAUUAUUUGCAAAACCAACACAAUCUAAGAAGCAAUCUCAGGCAAGUCCUUCCAAGAAACCAGUGAAUCCCACCAGAACGCAAAAGGCAACACCAGAAAGUCGUUCCACCAGUGAAGAAGACAGUGCUGAUGCAAACAUUAAGGCAACAAAACAAUCGAGUGGUUCACAAAACAUUCCUGGGAUAAAAAAACACAAAGUUUCACAGCGCUUAAAAACGCAAAAAGAUGUAUCCGAGAACGAUAACCCGUUCGCUAAGUUAGUUGCAGAGGUAUCAAAAUUGACUGUUGCAAAGACUAAAAAAGAAAAAUCAUCAUUGCUUGGAAAUUCCAAACACACUUUCUCCAUGGAUGACGACGACAAACCAUCUACACGUGGAAAGAAAGAGAUCGUGCGAAAACAGAUCAAUUCAUCCAGACAAAGGGCUAAUGAUCAAAGAACUGACAAUCAAUCAGAUAUAUCAGAGUAUUUUGGUAAUUGCAAACCAGAAGUAACUAUUUAUCAAAGGGUGAGUGACCUUCCUGAUUCAGCUCCUUCUGGCAGUGAACAAAAUCAUGGCAGUCGUAAAGAAAGCGCAGACAUCGACCUGAAUAAAUUAUUUGGAAUAUCAGCAAAAUCAAAAUCGAAAUCCGAAACUACGCCAUUGAAGAAGCAAGUGAAUCCCACCAGGACAUCAAUAGCAACAACAGGAAAUACAAUGAGUGCAGACGAAGACAAGGUAAAAGAGGCAGAUGAGUUUAUGGAUAAAGUAAUCACUUUAAUGAAUGAACAUCCCGUAGUGCCACCAAGCGCACGACCAGAUAAGGCUCUCUUUGAACAAACGCACGAACUGAGGAAGCAGCUCAUGGCUGGCCAAUUUGAAAACGAGCAGCAGAAGGAGUAUGCAAAGCAGCGAUCAAUGCUGGAAAUAGUGGGUUGGGUUAUAAAAUGUCGUCUAGAACGAAUUCUUGGAACACUUAAUGGUGAUCAAGCGAACCAGUUGAUUGAGCUGAUUGUUAACGGUGGUCUGGGAGGUCUAGGGAGGGAUAAAGGCACCGAUCCUCCAAAGCAGCUUAAAAUGAUGCUUGAAGAAUUGCAGCCUGAACAAGUAAAACUUAUUUUGAAUGGCUUUGAUGCGACGCAACUCAAACAAAUUUUGAGUGGAAUUAACUUCGCCCGUCAGUUUGAAGACAUUUUCCGCAGCAUUGAUGGAGCCCAGCUCAGACAGCUAAUCAGAGCCUUAAAUGCUGAUCAGUUAAAAGAAAUUGUCCGCAGCAUUGAUGAAGACCAGCUCAGACAGCUAGUCACAAACUUAAAUGCUGAUCAGCUCACACAGAUGGUGAACCAUUUAGCAGGCGAAAAACAAGCCAAAUCCCUGAUGCAGGCGUUUGGGGGAUUGUUGCAAUAAGACCCGAUUUUGUUGACUUUAAUGUAUGGUUAGCAAAGAAGAAUGAUCUGUUAACCGGACACUAACAUACACAAUAGCUAUAAUUUAUCAUGCAAUUUUAUUCCGCGUUGACAGGUAUCAAAUGUACGACAGUCAAAUAGUUUUUCAACAAUCACAGCACAAUUUGACUUCGCAGUUGACAUAAUUAAUAUCUUUAUAAUAAAAUACAUUGUGCAAUAUAAUGUCAUUUUUUAAACACAAUAACAUCGGAAAGAAAUAAGUCGUCCGUUGAUCCUUUCAUUAGUUAUCAUUCAUUUAUUGUCCUCAUAUUGUUCUAUUGAUAUGAAGCGGCAUAUGUAUUAUACAAACAACAAGGUAUAUUAUUGAGUCUCGAAAAUACCCAGCAAUUACUGUGAGUGACCCUGUUUUAAGGUAAAUAUACGGUUCUUUUCUUAAAACAAUUUUUCCUCUUAACAUGAAUAAGCUAACUCUCGUUACACAAAACGGACAUACUAAGCGUUCAAAAAGGCUUGUCAUCUAAUAAAUGACAAAAUGUUGAUUCAAUUCAAUCGAACAUGGUUAUUUAAUAAAGAAUUGUUAAUGUCUGGUCGGAAUUGUUUCUUGUAAUAUUGCAGAUUUCAAUGCGCCACUGUUUGACUCACAAGGAUGUGACAAUACUUAGAUUUUGUCUGAAACAAGAAAUAAAAUAAGUUAUGCAAAUGAUCAAUUAUGCUAUACAUUUGCAGAUGUAACUUACUACGUGUGUGUAUACGUUUUGUAAUAUUUGCUUCUUUUAAACGAAACUGUUAAAUGUUCAACGUAUUAUUUGUAAAUAUUAAUUAGAUAUCUUACUUAAAUGCGCUUUAUCUUUGCUUUUAUAUUAGUUUUGGCAUAUAUGAAGCGGUUAUAUUUCAUUGACAUAUAUACGAUUUGCUUGAAUAAUCUUUCCUGUUUUGCAAUAAAAUACGGAUGUUACGCAUUUGCUGUUAUAAAAAUAAAAGAAAAAUUUUGCUAUAUGAGAUUUUUUUAUUUAUUUUAUGCAUGAUUUAUUAAAAAUUAAGACACAUAUAUUAACAUGCGAUGGCUAAUCAUAGAGUAUGUAACACAUUUAUAUGGAUGUAGAGUUCAAGACAGUAUUCGUUAUUUCGUUAUUUACGCAAUACAUAACGUUCUUUAAUAUGGUGUUUGUUUAUUAAUAAUAAAUAGUUGUUUUUAAUGCUUCUUGGAUGCUGGAUGAUGCAAUUAAAUACUUCCUUUUA